AUGGAGUGGGGCCUGGGGGCUGCUCCCAGCCAGGUGGCAAGGUCCAACCAGACGGUGGUGACAGAGUUCGUGCUUCAGGGCUUCUCAGAGCACCCUGAGCUGUGGCUGCCCCUUUUGGGCUGCUUCUCCUUCCUCUACACUGUGGCUCUCAUGGGCAAUGCCGUGAUCAUCGCUGUGGUCAGCUACAGCGCCAGCCUCCGCAGCCCCAUGUACUUUUUCCUGUGCAAUCUGGCCAUCAUGGACAUUAUUUGCACCUCGUCGGUGCUGCCCAAGGUGCUGGCAGGCCUGGCCUCCGAGAAAAACACCAUCUCCUUCCCAGGGUGCAUGGCCCAGCUCUUCUUCCUCCUCUGGUCCCUAUCUUCCGAGCUGCUGCUGCUGACGGUCAUGGCCUAUGACCGCUACGAGGCCAUCUGCCACCCGUUGCACUACGGCUCCAAGAUGAGCCCUCUGCUGUGCAGAUCACUGGCCCUGGGCGUGUGGGUUGUCUGUGCCCUCAAUGCUUCGGUGCACACCGGGCUGAUGAUGCGGCUCUCCUUCUGCGGCUCCAACAUCGUCACACACUUCUUCUGCGAGAUCCCCCCACUCCUGCUGCUCUCUUGCAGCCCCACACUGAUGAACAGCAUAAUGACUGUCUUAGCGGAUGCCUUCUAUGGAGUCAUAAACUUCGUGCUUACCCUGGCGUCUUACUGCUGCAUCAUUGCCAGCAUCCUGCGCAUGCGCUCGGCCUCAGGCAGGCAGCGAGCGUUCUCCACCUGCUCCUCCCACCUCCUGGUGGUUUCCGUGUAUUACUCUGCAGUAUUCUGUGCCUACAUCAGCCCAGCCUCCAGUUAUGGCCCCGAGAGAAGCAAAGUGUCUGGUGUGCUCUACACGACUCUGAGCCCCACCCUGAACCCCAUCAUCUACUCUCUGAGGAACACGGAGGUCAAACACGCCCUAAAGAGACUCAUCCUCCUUUCCAGACGUUAA